AUGGACACCACCCGCCGCGCAGGAUACGCGCGCAUCGCCGCGACCCUGUACUCCUUCCACAUUGCCUUCAAGCACCCGAUCGCCUGUGUAGCGCUCUAUUUUUUUGGUUUUGUAUGUGACGAGCUGGACGGUCGCGCGGCGCGCACGUUUGGGCAGUCAUCUACCCUGGGUGCGCUGCUGGACAUGGUGACAGACCGUGUCGCGACGACGGGGCUGCUGGCCAUACUGUGCGCGUUCUACCCGGAAGGGAGCCUGUUGUUCCUGGUGCUUCUCAUGCUGGACAUCAGCAGCCACUGGUUCCAGAUGUACUCCACCAUGCUGGCUGGCAGCUCCACGCACAAGGACGUACGCAGCCGCAGCAUGAUGGUGCGGUUCUACUACAGCAACCGCCUGUUCAUGGGCUUCUGCUGCAUCUGCUGCGAGGUGGCCUACCUUUGCCUCUACAUGCUGGCCUGGCCGCGCUUCCAGGCGUUGGGACUCAUACGCGUCAGCCCCGCACUGCUGCAGCGGAUUCCGCAGCAGCUGGUCGUGGCGCUGCCGCCGCUGGCGGCGCUGCAGCGGCUUGGCGGCGUGCCUGCGGUGGCGGUGCUGGGGCUGCUGUCGCUGCCGGGCGUCGCCACCAAGCAGACCUGCAACUGGCUGCAGCUGCGCAACGCCGCCGCGGGGCUGGUGGAGUACGAUCUCAAGGCCAUGGGGCCGCAGCCCGCCGCCACGAAGAAGGGCAGCUGA